AUGGCGCCCGCCGCGUUCGACGCCGAGGCCGCCAAGCAGCCCGCAGCCGAUGCUUCCGACGCCGGCGCCGCCUUCGUGCUCGAGUCCAAAGGGAAGUGGUGGCACGCCGGGUUCCACCUGACGACGGCGAUCGUGGGGCCGACGGUGCUGACGCUGCCGUACGCGCUGCGGGGGAUGGGCUGGGGGCUCGGGCUCGCCGUGCUCACCGUCAUCGGCGCCGUCACCUUCUACGAGUACUCUCUCAUGUCCCGCGUACUCGAGCACUGCGAGGCCCGCGGCCGCCGCCACAUCCGCUUCCGCGAGCUCGCCGCCGACGUCCUCGGAUCCGGGUGGAUGUUUUACUUCGUGGUCACCGUGCAGACGGCCAUCAACACCGGCGUUAGCAUCGGCACCAUCCUCCUCGCCGCCGAUUGCCUCGAGAUCAUGUAUACGAGCCUUUCUCCCAAUGGUCCCCUGAAACUGUAUCACUUCAUCAUCAUCGUGGCUGUGGCGCUGGCCUUCCUCUCCCAGCUACCAUCAUUCCACUCGCUGCGGCACAUUAACUUUGUCUCACUGCUCUUGAGCUUGGGCUACACCAUCCUUGUAUCUGCUGCUUGCAUUGGUGCAGGUUUGUCAAAAGAUGCUCCAGUGAAGGACUACUCUCUAAGCUCUUCCAAAUCCGAUCAGACAGUCAAUGCCUUCCUCUCCAUUUCCAUCCUGGCUUCCGUUUACGGCAACGGCAUACUGCCUGAGAUCCAGGCCACGUUGGCGCCACCGGCGGCCGGGAAGAUGAUGAAGGCACUUGUCCUGUGCUACUCCGUCAUAGCCUUCGCCUUCUACCUCCCUUCGAUCACCGGCUACUGGGCGUUCGGCAGCCACGUCCAGUCCAACGUCCUCAAAAGCCUCAUGCCGGACUCCGGCCGGGCCCUCGCCCCGACGUGGCUGCUCGGCCUCACCGUCCUCUUCGUCCUCCUCCAGCUCCUCGCCAUCGGGCUCGUCUACUCUCAGGUCGCGUACGAGAUCAUGGAGAAGAGCUCCGUGGACGCGACGCGGGGGAAGUUCUCGCGCCGGAACGUGCUGCCGCGGCUGCUCCUGCGGACGCUCUACCUCGCCCUCUGCGCGUUCAUGGCGGCCAUGCUGCCCUUCUUCGGCGACAUCGUCGGCGUGGUCGGGGCGGUCGGGUUCAUCCCGCUCGACUUCGUCCUCCCCGUCCUUAUGUACAACAUCGCGCUCGCGCCGCCGAGGCGGUCGGCGCUGUACAUCGCCAACACGGCCAUCAUGGUCGUCUUCUCCGGCGUCGGCGCCAUUGGAGCCUUCGCCUCCAUACGGAAGCUCGUGCUCGAUGCCGGACGGUUCAAGCUCUUCAGCAACAACGUCGUGGACUGAGUGAAUUAUGUACUUACAGGCGGUAUAUAUAUGGAAUAUAUAUAUCUUCUAGCAAGUUCCUUACAAUAUCUUGGGAGGUAUAGAAGAAGGUUUGUUUCUUGUUUCUUACUAGUGCUUUGGGCGUACAGCUAUAGUUACAUAUAGCGGCAUAUAUCGGGUGUAAUAAGCUAGCUAACUAUGUAGUAUGUACUACAGUAUUAGUAUAGUAUAAGUCACUGGUGAGGUAAAAUGUUGUAGUUGGUACGAGCAAAUCCAAAUUUGCAAAAUACAAGACAUCUAGAACAUGCAUGGCAAGAGCUAAUGAGAGUGGUGGAUACAAUCACUCUCAAUGAUAAGAGGCUAAUA